AUGCAUGUCCCCAUGUUCUCUCCCAGCCAACCUGCAGUCUUCUGUAUUGUGCCAUCCCAGGGGCUGGUGCAACCAACCCUAGUCACCCCACCAGCUCCAGUUCUGUCACCAUUGGCACCAAUCUACACCCCGGUUUCCAGGUCUCCAGUGUCUCUUCUAGCCAGCCCGAGUCCUCAUAGUCCAGAACCAGCUCCAACUUUGGAAUUUGAUCACCAAGAAUCCCCUACAACUCCAAUCAUGAAAAGGGCUCCCGAAGAGGGAAGUGUUCCUGGUUCACAAGAAGUGGUGCUGCGUAGGUCCCAAAGGUCUACACAGGGCCAACUGCCAGCAAGAUUCAAAGAUUAUGUGUCAAAGCGUGUAUGGACAUUAUACAAUAACUCUUUAUUUUCAUUGGUCAUACAAAGGUUCAGCCUGGAAAUGAAUGUUAAGUGCAAUGCUCCAGGAUUGCACGUAGCCCCUGUGGCCAUUUCGCUCCUCCGCCCUGCCGGACUGGGAGUCGAGGGCGACUUUAUUCAAGUGGGGGAGUUUGUGAUGUACCACCCACCGCCACAUCAAGCCCACUGCUACAUCGAGCCCACCGCCACAUCGAGCCCACCGCCACAUCGAGCCCACCGCCACAUCAAGCCCACUGCUACAUCAAGCUCACUGCCACAUCAAGCCCACCGCUACAUCAAGCCCACUGCUACGUCAAGCCCACCGCCACAUCAAGCCCACCGCCACAUCAAGCCCACCACCACGUCAAGCCCACCGCCACAUCAAGCCCACUGCUACGUCAAGCCCACCGCCACAUCAAGCCCACCGCCACAUCAAGCCCACCACCACGUCAAGCCCACCGCCACAUCAAGCCCACUGCCACGUCAAGCCCACCGCCAUGUCAAGCCCACCGCCAUGUCAAGCCCACCGCCACGUCAAGCCCACCGCCAUGUCAAGCCCACCGCCAUGUCAAGCCCACCGCCAUGUCAAGCCCACCGCCACGUCAAGCCCACCGCCACGUCAAGCCCACCGCCACAUCAAGCCCACCGCCACGUCAAGCCCACCGCUACGUCAAGCCCACCGCCACGUCAAGCCCACCGCCACGUCAAGCCCACCGCCACGUCAAGCCCACCGCCACAUCAAGCCCACCGCCACAUCAAGCCCACCGCCACGUCAAGCCCACUGCCACGUCAAGCCCACGCCACAUUAAGCCCACCGCCACAUCAAGCCCACCGCCACAUCAAGCCCACCGCCACAUCAAGCCCACCGCCACGUCAAGCCCACCGCCACGUCAAGCCCACCGCCACAUCAAGCCCACCGCCACGUCAAGCCCACGCCACAUUAAGCCCACCACCACGUCAAGCCCACUGCCACGUCAAGCCCACCGCCACAUCAAGCCCACCGCCACAUCAAGCCCACGCCACAUUAAGCCCACCGCCACAUCAAGCCCACCGCCACAUCAAGCCCACUGCUACAUCAAGCCCACCGCCACAUCAAGCCCACCGCCACAUCAAGCCCACAGCCACGUCAAGCCCACAGCCACGUCAAGCCCACAGCCACAUCAAGCUCACCGCCACAUCAAGCCCACCGCCACAUCAAGCCCACUGCUACAUCAAGCCCACCGCCACAUUAAGCCCACCGCCACAUCAAGCCCACCGCCACAUCAAGCCCACCGCCACAUCAAGCCCACUGCUACAUCAAGCCCACCGCCACAUUAAGCCCACCGCCACAUUAAGCCCACCGCCACGUCAAGCCCACCGCCACAUCAAGCCCACCGCCACAUUAAGCCCACCGCCACAUCAAGCCCACCGCCACGUCAAGCCCACCGCCACAUCAAGCCCACUGCUACAUCAAGCCCACCGCCACAUCAAGCCCACCACCACAUAA